GGUUACUAACAACGGAGGUAGUUGACAGUGACAAUGUUAGGUGGUGACGGAGAAUGAUUAAUAAUCGAGAAAAAUAUCAAAUCUGCAUAUUGAUAUCUUCCAAAUUCGAAAAAUAUCAAAAAAUUUCAUUUGAAAAAUUUACGAUAUAUGAAAAAAUAUCAAAUUCAAUAUCUCUUUUAGUUUUUUUUAAAAAAAAAUCUAAUAUUGAAAACAUCAAAACUAUAUCUCCUUUAUUGGCCUAAGGGUAGACCUCGCAUCACCACUAAUGGCGGUUUCAUCCGCUCCUCUGUCCUCCUUGUCCACCCGAACCCGACCCACCAUUAACGACCCGGUUUCCCAUCACUCCAAUCCCACUUCAAUCAGCUACCUCUCCAGACCCAACCAUCGCCGACGCCCAAUCGCCGCCGCCGUUUCACACAAAUCCAACGGAGUUCCAAUCGACAAGAAGAGUUUUGAGCUGCUUGAACAGUACGGUUUUGAUCCAGACAAGAUUUUAUCUGACCCUUCACCUCAGCCAAAGAGGAGAAAAGAGUUGACGAAGAAGGGGAGGGGAAAGAAUGUUGUUCCCGAAGAAACCAAGCCCCCGAGAGAGACACAUAGGUUGCUUCAGGUCUUGGGAGGGAAGGUACGACGGAAGAAGUUGCUCUCUCCCAAGGGAAUGGAUGUCCGGCCUAUGAUGGAAGUUGUUAAAGGUGCAGCAUUUGAUAUUUUGCAGGUCGCAGGCGGUUGCCCUGCAUCUCUAAGGCCAGGCAGUUGGUUGGACUUGUAUAGUGGUACUGGUUCUGUUGGUAUUGAAGCUAUGAGCAGAGGCUGCUCGCAGGUGCAUUUCGUUGAGAUGGAUCCUUGGGUUGUCUCAGAUGUUCUGAGGCCAAACUUAGAAUCAACCGGUUUUCUUGAUGUCUCAACUAUACAUACCGUCCGUGUUGAGAGCUUUUUGGAGCAAGCGGUUCAUUUUGUUGAAAAGUGUGGAGCUUUCGAUUACAUCAGUGUCACGCCUCCAUAUAUGGAAGUAGAUUAUACCAUAUUGAUGAAUCAAGUUGCAAAUUCAUCACUGGUGGGAGAGGAUACCUUCAUAGUAGUGGAGUACCCUUUGAGAACGGACAUGCCAGAUUCGUGUGGGGCCCUUCCGAAGAUAUCUGAUCGGCGGUUUGGCCGGACACAUCUAGCAAUAUAUGGACCAAAGUGGGCACAGAAGAGAAAAAGAAAGUGAAGUCCAGGAAAGCUGGUGCCUAUUGCCAAAUGUAGAGAUGAUCCUGCAUUUUCAUUCCCAUUCCCAUCUUUCUUUGUGAGUUCCUUUGCACUAUGUUUGGUUCGCGGGAUUCGAAAGGAAAGCAAAAGAAAAAGGUUUUCCUCUUCUUCCUCACUAAAACGGUAAGAAAAUCAUUUUCCUUAUUUUUUUCCCUCUCCCAUUUUGUUUGUCAGUUCCUUUGCACUAUGUUUGGUUCGCGGGAUUCGAAAGGAAAGCAAAAGAAAGGAGCAAUUUACCUAAAUAAGACUAAAACAUAAUGACUUUCCCAAUAUAGGAACAUAUGUUUUUAUUUCCCAAUGUAAGACUUUUGGUCAUUAUGAAUUAGUCAUUAUUCAAGUAAAUGUCCAUCAUUAUU